AAAUAAGAGUCCGACGUCAGCAAAAUAUGCUCGCGACACUUUCGCCUGCCUUCACUUGCAUUACACAUGGACCUUAGCGAGUAUUACGAUACGUACAACGGGAAUGACAAAAUCUUCCUACCGGAGGUGUCUCGACGCUAUCCAGAAGGAUUCCUCGACACCAGAUAGCGUCAAGCAAGAACUAAAGAAGUUGUUAAAGGAGAACGACAAUGGCACUUCGUCACCAGCAGUCUCGUCGAACACAUAUCACUUACACCAAGGAGAUAAUUCGUUCGCAUUCGUCAACUCUACUAAUUACGGGGCUAAUAUGGUUGGGAAGGAAGGUCCCGGUGACACCACCACCACCACCACCACAGAACCACGCUCCGAAGGGUCUGUCCUUGGCAAACGAGGAUACGCAUCCGUUACCCGCACAACGUGCCCGAACAGUGGAGAUGAUGUACAACGCGCUGGCUUCGAACGAGCCACAAAAGACUCCAGAGCCGAUUACGCCCAAAGAUUUUAGAAAAGCCGUGUACGAAGCUGGCGUCAAAGUGGUAAGCGCGCAGUUGGCUCAUCGAUAGUUGUGGAUUAACAUACCUUUUCUAGCUGAAUA